CACAGCAGCAGCCGUCACACACACACACACACACACUCAGCGAGGGCGACUGCGCCUUUAAGACCCGCAAAACUACCAGCCAAACCAGCCUCGGUGUCAAUGUGCGAACGAUGAAUUUACUCGAUAUGGUUUUGUUGAAACUCUUGAUGCUUUUAUACUGCUUAAGCGACACCAAAGGUCAGAAUGGGAAACCCCUGAGCAAGUACAUUCGACAUUACGAAGGCCUGUCCUACGACACAGACGUCUUGCACAGCAAGCACCAGAGGGCUAAGAGGGCUCUGUCUCACCAGGACCAGUUCCUGCACCUGGACUUCCACGCUCACGGCAGGCAUUUUAACCUUCGGAUGAAGAGGGACACCUCUCUCUUCGCUCCCGAUCUGAAGGUGGAAGUUUCUGGAGUAGAGAUUCCCUAUGACACUUCUCACAUUUACAAUGGAGAAAUUUACGGUGAGAAGGGCACUCUGACCCAUGGCUCUAUUGUGGAUGGGAAAUUUGAGGGUUUCAUUAAGAGCCAUCAGGGCACAUACUACGUAGAACCCUCAGAGAGAUACCUCAAAGACCAGAAUGUGCCCUACCACUCAGUCAUGUACCAUGAGGAUGACAUCGAUUAUCCUCAUAAAUACGGAGCAGAAGGAGGCUGUGCAGAUCACACUGUUUUUGAGCGAAUGAAGAAAUACCAGGCAUCUGCAGUGGAGGAGCCCACCCAGCAGAAGAACCACGUCCUUGACGAAGAGAUGGCUGAUGGACCGGUGAUCCUGAGGAAACGUCGUGCAGCACAGGUAGAGAGAAAUACCUGUCAGCUCUUCAUUCAGACGGAUCACCUCUUUUUCAAAUACUACGGCACCAGGGAGGCUGUGAUCGCACAGAUUUCCAGUCAUGUAAAGGCCAUUGACUCCAUCUAUCAAAGCACAGAUUUUCAGGGCAUUCGCAAUAUCAGCUUCAUGGUGAAGAGAAUUAAGAUCAACACUACUGAUGAUGAGAGCGAUCGUACGAACCCUUUUCGAUUUCCCAACAUCGGUGUGGAGAAAUUUCUAGAACUCAACUCAGAGCAGAAUCACGAUGACUACUGCCUAGCCUACGUCUUCACAGAUAGAGACUUUGACGAUGGAGUCCUGGGUCUGGCCUGGGUCGGGGCUCCUUCAGGCAGCUCUGGUGGAAUCUGUGAGAAGAAUAAGCAGUACUCUGAUGGGAAGAGGAAGUCUCUGAACACUGGCAUCAUCACCGUGCAAAACUAUGCUUCACACGUUCCCCCUAAAGUCUCCCACAUCACCUUCGCUCAUGAGGUCGGACAUAACUUCGGCUCUCCGCAUGACUCAGGAAGUGAUUGCUCUCCGGGAGAGUCUAAGACUCAGGACCAGAAAGAAAGAGGCAACUACAUCAUGUAUGCAAGAGCCACAUCAGGAGACAAGUUCAACAACAACAAGUUCUCCAUCUGCAGCAUUCGCAACAUCAGCCAAGUGCUAGAUAAGAAGAGAUUCCUCUGCUUUGUUGAAUCAGGACAGCCCAUCUGUGGUAAUGGUUUGGUUGAGGUUAAUGAAGAGUGUGACUGUGGCUAUAGCGAUCAAUGCAAGGACAAGUGCUGCUAUGAUGCCAAUGCGCCAGAGGCACUGAAGUGUAAACUGAAGCCAAACGUUAAAUGCAGUCCCAGUCAGGGUCCAUGCUGCAUGUCAGAGUGCACGUUUAAGUCCAGCAAUGUGAAAUGCAGGGAGGUGUCUGAGUGUGCUCUUCAGGGCAUGUGCAAUGGAAACUCUGCCCAGUGCCCCACCUCAACGCCUAAAGAAAACUUUACAUCCUGCCAUGCAAAUACCCAAGUCUGCCUUAAUGGGGUUUGCUCUGGCUCUAUCUGUCAGAAGUAUGGUCUAGAUGUUUGCACUUGUGCCACUGAGGAGGGGAAAGACGACACAGAGCUGUGUCAUGUGUGCUGUAUGAAGAAGGGUCAGCCCAACACUUGCAGCAGCACUAGCUCAGAUACAUGGGCUAAUUACUUUAACAAACAGGUCACCACGUUACAGCCUGGCUCUCCUUGUAAUGACUUCAAAGGUUACUGUGAUGUCUUCAUGAAGUGUAGGCUGGUGGAUGCUGAUGGCCCUCUGGCAAGGCUUAAGAAGGCCAUUUUCAACCCUGAGCUUUACUCGAGCAUUGCAGAGUGGAUAGUGGAGCAUUGGUGGGCAGUUCUUCUAAUGGGCAUUGCUCUCAUCAUGCUAAUGGCUGGGUUCAUCAAGAUCUGCAGUGUGCACACACCUAGCAGCAACCCUAAAUUACCCCCACCUAGACCACUGCCAGGCACACUGAAGAGGAGAAGAAAUCCCGCUGCACAGACCCAGCCGCAGCGCCAUCGCCAGCAGAGAGAGAACUAUCAGAUGGGCCAGAUGCGACGCUGAGACAGCCUCCUCAUUGCCUUGGUUCUUCCUAGUGCCUACAGUGGGAAACACUUCACUCCAAAGAGUUAGCUGAGUCAAUCAAUGAGCCCCAUCUACAAACUAAGAAACUGGCAAAUAAAAGGACUUCAAAGGACUAUACUUAAGAAAACAACCGUUUUAAAGAGUAAGAAACCACUGCUCUGGGAGCCAGCAAAGCUUUCGUUGCAUAGCUCAGAGAAAAAUUCAGAAGCUAGUCAUGAGGAAGAGGACAGAAUUAAUGAUUUUUGUUCUGUUUUUUUCUGCUUUUCAUAUUCUUUCUCAAGUGAUUAAACCAUUUUUUCCCCUUUUUUGCCUUUUUAUCCCUUUUUUUUUGGAUUGCCACCCUCCUGUGGAGAUGAGCAUGAUGGGAUAUCACAUAGAUAUUUCUGCCUAUCAACAAUGGCUGAGAGAACUCUUUAAAAAGGCUCGUUUUCCAAUAUGUAAUUAAGAUGUUUUUAAAAUGCAAGCAAAAGGAUUAAAAAGCUUUUAUUUCUGAAGCUUUCUCAUUGUCUCCUGCGUGCAAUUGUACAGAGAUCUCAAAAUACAUCAGAUCUUUUUCAGUCAUGUCAUUUUUUCUAUUCUGUUGGAUAAUGAUAAUUAAGGAUGUUUAACUGACACUCAGGAUAUAAUAGGAAAUAACAGCACAGAGAGUUUCUAUUGGUGAAAGGCCUUUACCAGAUUCACUUUGCUGAAAGACACAUUUGUGCAGAGCACUUUUUUUUUUCCCUCCCCAGCUGAUAACCACUAAAUAGCUGCAGUUCUUCAUUCCAUGUGGGCGAGGGAGUUAAUGAGAAGGAUGAUGGUUAAAAAAAGCUGUCACUCCUGAUCUGCUGAGAGUCACUGUUACUUUAUGUUCAGCCGAUAACACUGGUCCCCGCAGGAGACAGACUUGAGAAGAGAAGCACAACAUCAGGAAAUAUUUGGUUUUUCAAUACAUAAAAGGUUUUUAUUUUGCAAUAAGAUGUUGGAAACAGGAAAGUGUGGACAGUUACACAAAUGAGUAAAUCUCAGUGGUGUGCAUUAGUGAAAGGAUGGGAUAGAGAGAGAGAGAGAGAGAGAUGAUAAAAGCAAUCUAGAUUCUUUAGUGUUUUACACACCAAUCAAUAUUUAUACAAAGCAACUUUUCUUAAGAGAUUUCAGUCAUUACCUCUUUUAAUAGCUAAAAAAACAAAAGAUCCAGACUAGCAGCCUAUAUAAUCAAUACAUAUAUGCCUUGUGUUGCUAUAUAGUGUAUCUGAACCAGCCCAUGGUAACUACACUACUAUCACUGCAGUCCAACAUCCUUUUUUUAAAGAAACCCUUCCAUUCUCUCUAAAUGUCUCUUGAUUGUCUUCUGUGUGUGUGUCUCAACAAAGGCAAAGGGUUACAAAUGAUUCAUGCAUCACAGAUGUCCUUUUUUAAAGUUUUCUUUUGUGCUUUUUUGUAUUUCAACAGACCAGGAAUAUUUUGUCAUCUAUUUAAGUUUGUUGAAUGGGAUCCUGGUAGUGUGACUGGGAAGUCCGAUGUUUCUAAAGUCUGUCUUCUCAAACAACCUUGCAUCCUUUAAGGAUGUGCAUUUAAAACAUGCUAUGAUUUGCUUAUUUCUAGAAGAUGAGUAUUGCUGACUAUAAGUCCUCCCUUAGAUCUAAAUCAUCACCUCAUUUGUGGAUGUCUCUGUACAUGUUAAUGGGAAAUGGGUUUUUAGCGAGCUUGACUUUACUGUUCUGACUGCAAUUGGCUUCAAAUUAAUAAUUUUUGUGUUAUUCUGUGGUAAAUGGGUUUGGUUGAAUUUGUAAGGGGAUUUGGCCUAGGAUUUAAUUUUAAAAAAAUAUUUUUUGCUCGUCUUGCUUUAAGUUUAUAAAUAAUGUGCACUGAUAUGGAAGCAUGGUGUGGAUAGAAUAUGAAAAAGAAGAUGGAGAAAAUGUCUAAUACUAC